UGAAGAAGCUCGGAGAUAAAUAAUCUAUCUCUAUCUAUAGUACGAUUAUUCAACUAGAGGAUUAAAAUAGGAACAAAAGACAGAAUUAUAUGUAAAAACUUGUUUACAAGUUUUAUUUAGAGAAUUGAACUUCUUUAUUCAAUUAGACUAUUAGAGGGUGAUUACUUAAAGAAUGUGGCUUUCAAAAGAGAAUUCAGAAAAGAGGAAUACAUCAAAUCAAUUGGUAGCAGUUGCAAUAGACAGGGAUAAAGGAAGUCAACAUGCCCUAAAAUGGGCAAUUGAUAAUCUUCUUCAAAGAGGUCAAUGGGUUGUGCUUGUUCAUGUCAAAAUUAAGCCUUCUUAUGGCUCUUCUCCCCAUGUUGUUAUCAAUGGUAGACAAUGGGAUCAACAAACAAAGGAUAUGUUCCUCCCCUUUCGUUGUUUCUGCACGAGGAAAGAUAUACAAUGCAAGGACAUCGUAAUUGAAGAUACAGAUGUUCAAAAGGCAUUGAUAGAGUUUGUUACUCAAUCAGGAGUUGAAGUUCUAAUCAUGGGUGCUGCCUCUAGAGGAGCAAUCUCAAGAUUCACCAAGUCAGAUAUUCCUGCGGCAAUAUCAAAAGGAGUACCAGAAUUUUGCACCGUUUACAUAAUUUCAAAAACAGGCAAAAUCUCGAUCACACGGUCUGCUUCUCGUCCACCCCCAAUCGUUUCUCAACUUCGAACCCAAAUUAUGAAACAACCAACAAGUGCCCCGGUUACUCCUCCUCGAGUGUCGUCUGAAAAAACAACACCUUCCGGUUCACCAUUUAAAGGAAUUGAAGACAUGGAUUUCAAGUCGGCAUUCUCUCGAGGGGGAAGACAUCCACACUUUAGGUCUUACGGUGACAUCCUAACGGACAAUGAUAUAUCGUUUGUAAGCAAUGGAAGACCAAGUGUAGAUUGCAUACUUCCAUUACCCUACGAUUAUACCGAAGAAAGGAGGAGCACUAGUAAUAACCGGCCAUCAACGAGUUCCGAAAACGAUUAUAUACAAGAUACACCGCAACGAAGGUCCUUUGCGGACACUCCUAUGUCUAGUCCUCCUCCUAAUUUCUCUAAUUAUUCUUACCAUGACAACUCUAACAUCACUUGGUCAAACAUGCUACCAAAAUCAGCUAUGCAAUCACAAGCAAGGGACGAGGCAGAAGCUCAAAUGACAAAGUUAAAGAUGGAGUUAAAGCAAACAAUGGAUAAAUAUAGCAAUGUUUGCAAAGAAGCACUUACAGCAAAGCAACAGGCACUUGAGCUUCAAAGGUGGAAAAUAGAAGAGGAACGAAGAAUAGAAGAUAUUCAAGAUUCCGACGAGUCAACAAGAAAAACCAUGAAAAAAGAGAAAGCUAAAUCAAAGGCAACCAUUGAGGCAGCAGAAGCCAAUAGGAGGCUAGCCGAACUCGAGGCGCAGAAAAGGGUGAGUGCCGAAAUGAAAGCAUUGAAGGAAGUAGAGGAAAAGAACAAAGAUGUGGGUUCUAUAGCUAAAUCUGUGAGGUACAGGAAGUAUUCAAUUGAAGAGAUAGAAGUUGCUACUGAAUAUUUUACCGAAUCACGUAAGAUUGGGGAAGGAGGAUACGGUCCCGUGUUUCGAUGUGAAUUAGAUCACACGGUUGUAGCUGUUAAGGUGUUGCGUCCUGAUGCUGCUCAAGGAAGAUCUCAAUUUCAACAAGAGGUUGAAGUUCUUAGUUGCAUUCGACAUCCUAAUAUGGUUCUUCUACUGGGAGCCUGCCCAGAGUAUGGUUGUCUAGUGUAUGAGUACAUGCACAAUGGGAGCCUUGAAGAUCGUCUAUUCUGCCGAGGUGAAACUAAACCGCUGACUUGGCAACAUAGGUUUCGAAUUGCAGCAGAAAUCGCCACCGGCCUCUUAUUCCUACACCAGACUAAGCCGGAGCCGUUGGUGCAUCGAGACUUAAAACCGGCCAACAUCCUCCUUGACCGCAACUUAGUUGCCAAGAUUAGUGAUGUAGGCUUAGCUAGGCUAGUCCCUGCAACGGUGGCUAAUGAGGUAACACAAUAUAGGAUGACCUCCACAGCUGGUACUUUUUGUUAUAUUGACCCUGAAUAUCAACAAACAGGUAUGCUUGGCGUAAAAUCAGAUGUGUACUCCCUUGGCAUAAUGCUUUUGCAAUUGAUAACAGCAAAGUCACCCAUGGGCUUGACUCACUAUGUUGAGAGAGCCAUCGAGAAAGGAACGUUCAUGGAUAUAUUGGACAAAUCAAUGCUCGAUUGCCCCGUUGAAGAGGCUUUGCAGUUUGCAAAACUAUCACUUCAAUGUGCUGAGUUGAGAAGGAGAGACAGGCCCGACCUCGGGACGGUUUUGUUGCCUCAGCUUUGCAGAUUAAGAAAUAUUGCAGAAGAUAGCCUUGAUAAUAUGAUGAAUCCUGGUGCUAAGUACAAUACUAAUUCAUCAAACAGCCAAGUCUCUGUGGGACAUGAUACUUUGAGCAAUGCACCUUCUCAUGAAAGUUGGAGGAGCUCAAAUUAUAGUGGAGAAAAUUAACAACAGUAUGUAAGAUAUCGUGAUUAUGAGAAAAACGGUGAGAUUCAGGUCAUGUUCGACGUUAACUUUUGAGUUCGAGGUUAGUGUUAUGACAACCGGAUACUGAUCAAAACACUAUUUAGGAGAGAAAAAGUCAUGUUUUGAAAGGUAUUUACACUUCAUAGUUCAAAACAAUAAUAAGUAUCACGUGGAUGACAAAGGUGGUCCACAAGUACAGGUUAUGCAAAAUUCAAAUAGAUUUGUAUGUACAAUAAACUCUUUAUCUUGUGAUUUAGAAGUACGAUCCUAUAGAAUAAAUCUUGCUCAAGUAAUUAAGGUCGUAACCCUAUAAUUGUGAUUAUUAAGUGCAUAAGUACGUAGGCAAAAGAUAUGUACAUGUAAUUAAACUUGUGUUUUUGUUCGGUAAGUGAACUUGUAUAGAUAAUUUCUCAUUGAUCACAUAUUCACAUCAAUGCAAAGUUUUUGUAUAUUAAUUCUUUUUCUAGA